CUGAAUACAAUGGAAGACCAGCAGGUUCUACAGAAUUUGGAUUCUCUCUGGUUCUUCGCCACUGUAUUCUCAAACAAAAUGCCGCCGGCGCCACCGUCACCUCCGACGCCGGUCGUCCAAAAACCCACUGAAAACGACUUCGUUGAGCUUCCCGGAGGAGAAAUUGCGACACCCAUUUUUCAAAAUCAGCAAAAUGUUGGGGAUGAGAGGAAUAUUGUAGACGAGAAGACGAAUGAAACCGGUGGCGGGUUCGGGUCAAUCAUAACAGAGGAGAGGAGAAAAAGCAGAGGAAGAAGAUGGGGGUGUUUGAGGCAGAGGAGAGAGAUUGUCGGAGAGAUGGAUCUGAGUGAUGCUGUGAAGGAAAUUUGUGAAUGUUGGUUGCUUGAACAGAGAAUUGGCGGCGGGAAUCAGUACCAGAGAGGGAGGAGGAAGAUGAAGAAGAAGAAGAUUCCUCCGUUUGAAGAUAGUAUGGCCAUGAAAGAGCACAUCAGAUCCUGGGCUUAUGCAGUGGCCUGUACUGUUAGAUGAUCCCAUUUUGUCGUCCCAUGUUUCUACCCAAAUUUUGUAAUGAAAUUUGUAUUUUGUUUAAUUAAGUAUCGUAGGAAUAAAAAUAAUAAAUCUUAAAAUCAA